AUGGCAGUUAUCAAGUUAUGGUACUCACCUGGAGCAUGCUCUCUCGCAUCUCAAAUUCUACUCAAAGAAACUGGUGUGGAUUAUGAGGCGGCCAUGGUGGACAUUGGUCAUGGGACUCCAGAAGAAUUUCGUACCAUCAACCCCAAAUUACGAAUUCCAGUUUUGUCAAUCGAUGGCCAGGUCAUCACAGAGAGUCCGGCCAUCCUGACAGCAAUAUCCCAAUUUUCCCCAGAGAAGCACCUUAUGGGGAAAACGAAUCUCGAGAUCGUGCGCACAUAUGAGUGGUUGAACUGGCUGUCAGGGACCCUCCAUGCGCAAGCGUUUGGUGGUUUCAUACGACCUCACAGAUUUUCGGACGACCCUAGCACGCAUGAAUUGAUCAGAGCCAAGUCUUUAAAGACUAUCCGAGAGUGUUAUGAUAAGAUAGACCAGGAUCUUUCGAGUGUCCAUGCUGUUGGUGAUAGCUUUACGGCUGUGGAUGCUUACUUAUACGUGUUUUAUCGGUGGGGAGAGCAUCACGGUAUGGGUAUGAAGAAAUAUCCCAAAUACACGAACUUGGUUGUGGAAUUGGUGAAGCGUCAGUCAGUACAGGAAGCUCUCGAUAUGGAAGGUGUACUAUACUACGUCCCAAGGUAA